UUGAAAAGAUGGCUGCAGUGAACAUCAAGCUCAACCCCUUGGGAGUUUUUCUCAUACUUUUAGGGAUCAGCUGUGUCGUAUUUUAUGCCAUGGGUGGCAUGAAGUGGUUCCAGUCAGAACAGAAAGUCAGCAUGAAACAGUUGCUGGCGGUUGGCAUCGACCUCGCAAAGAGAGGAGGCCUGAGAGUAAAGGAAAUUCGGGAGAGUAAUCGUUUGAAUGAAAAAACAAAAGGCUUGACUGAAGAGGGGGCUAAGGAGUUGAAGACAGAGGGUGACAUGCAGUCCCAUAGGGCUAUUGUUUAUGGAUUUGCGAAAGCAUUUCCAGGUCUGAAGGUGAUCUCUGAAGAACAUGAAAGAAAGCCUGUUGAUUUCAAAAGUAUCCCUGAUCCAACCAAGCAAUUAGAUGAAGUUGAUGCAGUUGUUGGAAGUGACCAGAUGGUACCAAUGAAAGAUAUCACUGUCUGGAUUGAUCCACUUGAUGCAACACAGGAGUAUACUGAGGACCUGACACAUUUUGUUACUACCAUGGUGUGUGUAGCUGUUAAAGGUGUUCCAAUGAUUGGGGUCAUCCAUCAGCCUUUCUUGAAAGAAACAGCAUGGGCUUGGGUUGGCUACGGAUUUGCAAAGUCAUUGAAGGUUGCUAAGAAAGAGGACCGAAAAGACUCGGAUCCCUACAAGAUAAUUGUGUCUCGCUCACAUGCUGGGGAAGUGAAGGCUGCAGCCACAGAAUCUUUUGGAGCAAGCACCAUUGUCAUUCCUGCUGGUGGAGCAGGCUAUAAGACCUUGGCUGUAAUCAAGGGGGAAGCAGAUGCCUACAUUCACACAACAUUGAUCAAGAAAUGGGACAUCUGUGCGGGGAACGCUCUUCUCCAUGCUGUGGGUGGCCACAUGACAACACUUGAUGGGACGUACAUUGACUACAGCAGUAACCUUAGUGAGAAGAAUGAUAAGGGUCUAUUAGCAAGUCUCUACGGUUACAGCACCUACCGAACGAAAUUAGCUAGCAUUGCUGAAAAAAUGAAAAAAAAGGAAAAACCGAAGGAAGCAACAAAGGAAGCAGUCAAGGUUUUGUGAUGCUUUAAACUAUUUUUUUCAAACAUUCCAAGUAUUUCCUUCUUUUACCUUUAUUUGGCCAUCUCCGGUUUUCUACUUUUCCCUCACAGAAAUAAAUUUCCUUUUUUGAUAGGGAUUUUAUUAAAUCAAGAUUUUUUAAUCGCCCAAUUCAGGCAUCCUUGGAAACUUUUGGGGCUUGAUGGGAUAUGUAUAGUGGGAACUCGUCCUUCUUAGCUUGCUGAUUGGGAGACUAGUAUUAGGAUGAGAUUGUUUCUCUUCUAAAAGUUCUACACUAUUUUCUGUAAACGAUCAUUUCUCUAUGAGGAAAACUAUAUCAGGCAUGUCUGUGAGAUUUUUUGCUCAUCAUGGGCUGAUGAAGUAAUAUCUCGGUGACCAUCCUAAAAGUCAUGCUGACUUGCAGGUUAUCACAGUGAUUUUAACUUACAAUGAGUUUCAAUUCAUGACCAUAUCUGUGCAGCACACCCAACUCAUAAUUUCCUUCAGCAGUGAAAGAAACACCCAUGGCCAUGUAAGGCAUAUUAUAUGUAGAAGAAUCUCAUUUUUCCACAUGAAAAAGCAAUACAAUUGUCACUAUUUAUGAUCAUCGCUGUUUCCUCUACCACGAUCUUCCUUUUUCUUAUAUAUCCAUUACAUGGCCUGCAGUAGAGCACCAGUUGGUCAUGUCUUUUCAAGAACCUGCGCAUAGGCUUGCUUCUCACUUGUGUGUAUUUAUAGAGUGAGUUCAGAGCAACAGUUAUCUGAAUCUCAAGAUCUGUACCAACCCUAUAGGUGUUAGAUAUGAAACUGAGGAAUAGAUUUUCUUAUAAGUAAGAAUUUCUUCACAACCUUAAAAAUCAUGAUUAACUGGAUAGUGACAAUUUCUAAUACUCCACAUUUUUGACACAAAUCACAUUCGAUUGAAUCGUAUACUGGUACAUAUGUAAAUAUUAGCAAAAUUAUGUACAUGUAGAUUACCACUGAUUGUAAAUGAGAUGAGCAUGAUCAUUUUCAAUGAGAUUAAUGUUCAAAUGUACUGUAAAAUCGGUCAGGGGCUGGCAUCACUUUCCAGAUGGCUGCACCACUUCUAUUUUACCUUACAGGAUAGUAUUAGUAAAUUGCAAGCCAUUUAAAGGUCUCAAAGACAAAGGGUAGCAUGGACCUUCAGACUAAAUUUACUGUAAAUAUGAUCAAAAUGACGUUGCUGAAUUCAUCUGAUUCAUUACUGUAUUAUCUCAUCGUUGAAAUUCUAGUGAGUUGCUUCUGAAUUUUUUCUAGUCAGUUGAAUAUUCAUGAUGUUAGUUAGAAAAAAUCACUGAGGACAUUCCAAAAUUAUCUCCGUUUGACACAGAAUUGUGGUAUUGAAAUAAUUAUAAAUUACUUCCAUACCAAUAUAGAAUAUAUUUUCUUUUCUGACUAACUUAUUAUGUAGACUUUGCAUAUUCUUUUAAAACCUGCUCAAGGUUCAGGUACAUGUAUUGUGCCUAGCCAAAUAUUCAGCAACAAUGCAUUGAAAAAAUAUGUAUAUAUUUUUUCAUCACUGUGUUGUAAGGAUUUGAGGAUUAGUCCUUGAUCUCUGGAAAUUUAAACUACAGUGUAACCUCCCUUGGUGGACAUUUCUACUAACAGGGCGCCCUCCCAGUAUUAGUUUGAAGAAUGUCUCAUGGAGAAAUUCCACUGUGGUCUGUAGUUAUCUAGCGACAAAUAUUGUUGUUACAAAUUUGCAAGGUUUAAAAAAUUCUUGAACUACUCGUAAAUAAUGGUGUGUGAUGAACAGAAAUGACGCUUAUCAGUUUUUGAUUGAAAAUACCAUAACUUGUUGUUGUCUUGGCCUAUUGGAACCCUAAGACCUCAUUGCUUUCCUGGCUGAGACAACCACUCCUGUGAUAUUUCCACUAAAAAACAGACUGGUGUGGUUUUGUAUUGUAUCUGUAGUUACAGCACUCUUGUACAUGUACAUAGCUUGUAAUUUAUAUUAUGAAAUCGUCGUCACAGUGUAUUAUAAGUAUGUAAAAUUUUUUGUAACUGCUUGCGAAACAAUUGUCUACUUAUGGUCAAGUUGCAAAAGAAAUGAUGUUUGCCAUUUUUACAUAUUGUUCAAAAUCAGGAAUUUGAACUCAAAUUUGAGAAUUUCAACAAUGCUGUCAUUUGGUUAUGCAUCCCUAGUCCUGUCACAUGUUUACACAAAAUAACAGAGAUGUUAAUUUUGGAUUACCUGUGGAUGAACCACACCUUUCAAGUGGGAGUGACCACUCUCCUAGCAUGAAAUUUGUGAUUGGGUCUACAAUAUCACAAAAUAUAAUUUGAUAUGGUGAGAAAACAACUUUAUUUCAAAUAUAUGUCAUUGGAGUACAUGUAAUGUAGCUCUUGAACUGGUUUUCUAGUUGUUCACAGAGAAGUUGUGAUUUCUUGAGAAGGCUACUGUCUUAUAUUGGACCUCAGGCUCAUUUUAUUAGCGAACUAAAUCGAAAUCUGUCAGUGGACAUGGUAUUAAAAUGUCAUAUGUCUGGUCUCUUCUUAUUUCUAUACAAUAGCUUUGUAGAAAGCAUGAUUUUAUAUGA